CGAGCCUCCUGCAGAGAUGCUGGCCUCCCGAGUCUGGUCCUCUGGGAGGCAGGGGCUGAGCAGGGGCUUGUCUAGGACCAGGGGGAGCUGGGCCUCAGAGGAGGGGAAAAAGGUGGACAUCUCAGGCAUCUACCCCCCUGUGACCACCCCCUUCACUGCCACGGCCGAGGUGGACUAUGGGAAACUGGAGGAGAAUCUGCACAAACUAAGCAUCUUUCCCUUCCGAGGCUUCGUGGUCCAGGGCUCCACUGGCGAGUUUCCCUUCCUGACUAGCAGUGAGCGCCUGGAAGUGGUGAGCCGUGCACGACAGGCCCUGCCCAAGGACAAGCUCCUGCUGGCCGGCUCCGGCUGCGAGUCCACUCAGGCCACGGUGGAGCUGACGGUGAGCAUGGCCCAGGUCGGGGCGGACGUCGCCAUGGUGGUGACCCCUUGCUACUACCGUGGCCGCAUGGACAGUGCCGCCCUCAUUCACCACUACACCAAGGUUGCUGACCUGUCUCCAAUUCCUGUGGUGCUGUACAGCGUCCCAGCCAACACGGGGCUGGACCUGCCUGUGGACGCGGUGCUCACGCUCUCCCAGCACCCGAAUAUCGUGGGCAUCAAGGACAGCGGGGGUGACGUGACCAGGAUUGGGCUGAUGGUUCACAAGACCAGGAGGCAGGAUUUCCAGGUGUUGGCUGGAUCGGCUGGCUUCCUGCUGGCCAGCUAUGCUGUGGGAGCUGUGGGGGGCGUGUGUACCCUGGCCAAUGUCCUGGGGGCUCAGGUGUGCCAGCUGGAGCGACUCUGCCUCACAGGGCAAUGGGAGGAUGCCCAGAAGCUGCAGCACCGCCUCAUUGAUCCAAACACUGCAGUGACCCGGCGCUUCGGGAUCCCGGGGCUGAAGAAAACCAUGGACUGGUUUGGCUACUACGGAGGCCCCUGCCGCGCCCCCUUGCAGGAGCUGAGCCCUGCCCAGGAAGAGGCGCUGCACCUCGAUUUCACCAUCAAUGGCUGGCUCUGAGCACAAGGGGGGACUGCCUGAGCGAGCAGCCUGAAGAAGAUCGCAGGGGGACGAGGGUUCGAGGCUCCUCUUCUUACUUAAGUCCUCCAGGUAGCCUCUCUCCAGGUGCUGUCACGCAUGCUCAUUUCCUUUUCUCCCAGCCCCAUAGCCUCUUGCAUUUGUGUCCUGAACUCUGGGUCUCUAGAGACCUUCAGUCUGGGAAGGAGCAAUGAUUUACUUGUCUCUCUACUGUGGUUUUCUAUCCCCUAAGACACGUGAACCAGGAGCCAGACGGGAAAGGCAGGGGGGCAGCUGGGCACAGAAAGGCCAUGUUUUACCAAAAGGAAGACUGCUUAGACUUAGGGGUACAAACCUGAGUCCAGCACACCGCAGGAAGCCAGGGUAACUCCUGAGAACCCAAAUUCUGACCCCUUUCAGGGGAAGCGCUAGAUUGGGAAAUCUCAUCAGAAAGGUGUCACUGCUGUUUGAAAGACCUCCAAGCUGCAUUCCAGUCCUCUCCUAAAUCUAUUUUGAUUCAUCUUGCUGUCUCUAGCCUUGAUCCCAACCAUCAAGUGCAGCAGUGAGACAGCCCAGUGGCUUGCCAGAACUGGUAAAUAAUGACACCUGGUGGAUAAAUGUUGCAUUCUGGAAGGCUAUUCCAGCCAACCCAGGUCUGAAACAUUAGGAAAGGGGACUUGGCCUGAGAUAGGACCAUUCUCUUGCCUAUACACACUCUGCCUUUAUU